UCAUAAACUUUCGGGAAUAACACAAACCGCAGUGAUGGCGAUGUUUACAAUCGUGAGAAGGUUUUCUCCAAGAAAUAUUUGCUUAACAAGGGCAUUUCUGUCUUUGAAACCACGGGAGAACUAUGCAGCAAGUAUUUUUGCAGCGAAAUCAAGAUGUUACUCCCACCCAGUGAGUCAUGAUGAACUGAGAACGAUGACCAAGUCGGAGUGGGAGGAACGACUUACACCUGAACAGUUCUCAGUAUGCAGAGAGCAGUGCACAGAACCGCCAUUCAGUGGCGAGUUUAACAGUCACUAUGAAAAGGGCAUGUACACCUGUGUUUGCUGUGGUACAGAUCUUUUCAGCUCAAAGUCAAAAUAUGAUUCUGGUACAGGAUGGCCGUCAUUUUCCGAUGCCUACAAAAGUGACAAAGGCCUUUCAAACAUCAUUGAACGUCCAGAGAACAGCCUAGACCAGAGCACAUUUCGAACAGAAGUCAUUUGCAGAAAGUGUGAUUCUCAUCUUGGCCAUGUUUUUGAUGACGGUCCAGAGCCAGAAGGGAAACGAUAUUGCAUCAAUAGUACCGCACUUGGAUUCAGUCCAGAUUCAAAUUAAUAUUGGUGUAUAACAGUUGACAAUGUGUGAAAGUGUUUUUUAUCCAACCAUCCACUCAACUCUUUAAAAAGUAUUGUUAGCAUUGGUCCGACGGAUUCACUAAAAGUGCCCCAAAUCAUAUUUUUUGACCCCAGGAUUUAGAGAAAAAUAGUUGCAUUUAUUUCUGUACAUUAAUUCCCUUCCAGGAUUUCAUAUAUUCUCUAUCUACCGGGUAUCGUUCCACUGAAAACAGUCCAGUAUUGUCAUUGCUUUGGAUUUGUUGGCAGCAGAGAGUGAAAAAACUUAUUUUAGGCCAUAACUAUAAAACCGUAUGUAUACAUUAUAAAUUAACUUGGUAGUCAUGUUACCAGAGACAAUAUACUUCUGUAUAGCAGGGCCCAUAACUCUGCCCUUAUUAAAGUUAUGCACAUUGUUUCACUGAAAUACCUACAGCAGAAGAGCAUUGAUGUUUGCUUUGCGGUGCUCUUGUCUUAAGAUAGCCGUGGUUAUGAACCAUCCAGACUAAUCACGGUGUAUAUUUGUAUUUUUGAUAAUGGAAGUGUUCUUGUAUUCUUGGGCAUAUAUGCUUGACGUGUUUCUGUAGAUCUGUGUUUCAACUGUAUAUGUUUUUGGCUCAUUAGUUGAAUUUAAUGUAGUAUAAAUCUUUGUUAAACAGCAUUAUAUCUAUCUAUAUAUAUAUAUUAAUUUUGUAGGUACAUGACCGUGCAAGUUGUGAAGUAACUAGUUUAGUUGUGUUUAUUUUAAAAUCAGUUGUUUUUUCAGGGGUUUACCAUGAGCAUUCUUGUUCUGAAAGUUGGGUCCGUAUUCCCUUACGACUUGAGUGUGAGUUUGAAUAUGAACCCUGUUUCAGUCCUACUUACAUGUUUAUUCAUGUAUAUACCGUUAAUUUCCAGUAUUAGCUGUGUAAUUUAUUUCAACUUCUGUGUACCGGUAAAUUUUAAAAGGCUACUAGCAUAAUGCAAUCUUAUGGCUGUUUAAACAUACUUGAUGAAAUUAGAUCAUUUAAUAUAGCAUUAAAUAGCAUGAUGUUAUUUUAGAAUUUUAAAUGGAUUCCAUAAGGUCAAAUUUUCAUUGCUUUAAAUGCACAUGUUUUUUCUACACAUGUAUGUUUAGCGUUUGAUUUGUGUUUUGUUAUUUGUUAAGUGUAAUAAUUUCAGAAAAAUUUAGUCGGUUGUUUGAAACUAUUUUUUGGUUACUUUAUGCUGGAGACAUUAAUAUGAGAAUUAUGUCGGGGAUAUUUAAAAUACAUGAUAUGGAAAUAUAUUUUAUUUUGGCUGAAAAAAAGGCUGCAUACUUAUUAUUAAAAAUGUUAGACGACUGUUCCCGCGACUUAAAUUCUAACAGUAAAUGUGAGGGCCAAAUAAAAAAAUCAAGCGUAGAAUUACCGAAAAGGUAUUAAAGGUACAAGAGUUAACUUUCUUUUACAGUAAUAAAGAUUUUUGAAGCAAAAAUUGCAAAUUCAAGCAUUGAUUUUACUAAACAUGUUGAAUAAACUUCCAUCAAACAGAAAUAGUAAAGGGACAUUUUUCAGCCUUUACGACCUUGUUGCUGUGCCCUUUAGAUGGGGGAAUUUUAGCCUUUUAGCUGUUCCCUUCUAGGGGGAAAUUGAAUUGUUAAUAUUGUACCAUCAUCAACAUUGUAUGAUGUUGAUGUCACUUCCUGGUUAUAAAUUGAUUUUUGUCUACUGUUGAAGGUGUAAUGCAGAAACAUUAAGAUAUAAAAGUUAAAAAAAAAUGUUUGUGUGAUUAUAUACCGAAUACAAAGACAUAAUAUUGAUUAGCUUCUUUUCAAAUAGUAAGCCUGUUACCAUUGGAAGUGGUGGAACACCUUGAUGAUUAUUGGAGCAGAACAGAACCAAAUAUGGUAUCAUCAAACUCCCUUUCCAGUCAGUAACUUUCCAAUGACUUGUUUUUCACAUUUGUCAAGAUUAGUAGAUGCCCCUUAUUGAUUUUGAGAUCAUUAGAUAAAACUUUAAGGUCAUGGUCUCGACCUUUCAAGUCUAUCUCUGGAAUGAGGGACUUUAAACUUGGUGAACACAUUGGUCAUGAUCAGUAGAUGACCCCUAUUGAUUUUGGGGUCAAUAGGUCAACAGUCACGGUGAUCUUUACUAGAACAAUUGUGGGAAAACAAAUGACAGGGGACAUAUCCAAUUGGAGGAAUUUUAGAUAGUUCCUUAGUAUUCAAUGGCUUUGGUACUGGUGUAAAACACCCCAUGAAAUAAGGGCUACAUAUUUUAGUAGUUUCUGAAAACAGUCCAGGUUAAGCCACAAACAAACAAUUUCAGCAUGUCUGUUUUUUUUCGAAGAAAAUAAGUUUCGGUAUUUGUAAUUGUUUUGGUUUUUCUUUAUUAGGUUAAUGAUUUGUUCACAAUAAUAAUGUAAUGGUGUAUUUCUGUUAAUUUUGGUGUAAGUUCUUGUUUUAUGACUGUUUAAGAUACAAUUGUGAAUGGUGCUGAAAAUUAUAGUUUACGUAUGCCAUGUUACAAUGUUGUGUUGGUCUUAUAAAUACAGUAGAAUCCCAUUGGCUUAAACUCUCUUGUCUCGAAUUUCUCAAUGGCUCAAAGUAAAUGUGAAGGACAGAUUCCUUUAUGCUGAACGUAAGCAUUCCCGCUUGACUCGAAUGUUCCGAGGUUUGAUGUAUUUUCGCUGGUCCCUUGGAGUUUGAGCCAACAGGAUUCGAAUGUAUGGCAUUUUGGGGCAAACUUAAAUUACUCUUGGUGAAAUCUGAUUGUUUCACUUAAUUUCUAUGAUGUAGAAUUGGUUGUAAGGAUUAGAACAUGAACAUAUAUGCCAAUUGUUCAUCAUUUUGAACUGAGGAAUAAUGUUCACAAAUAAUUCAAUCAAUAUUUUUCUAUAAUGUAUAAUGGUAUAUUUGGCAGCUACAGUUAACAGCUUCUUUCAGGCAACCAUUUCCAUAACUUUGUACUUAAAUAUCUGCAGUAGUUAUAUGAAAAUCGCAUGAGAAUAUAUUUUAUUAUGAUACCUGUCAAGCUUCAAAAUACAUGAGUAUGUGUCUUUCCUAUUUAAGUUAAAUCCAAAGUAAUCAGAUGUCUUUUGUGCGGUGCUGUUGUAUCUUUCAUUGUUUUACGCUUGCCUUCAGGGUGGUGGGGAUGGGGGUGCUGGAGGGGUGUAAGAAAAAAUAUAAGUGUGAUAGCCUUGGUGUCAGCAGCAUCAGGAGGGUAGUCCAUGCUGUGCAAGUCUUUGAUCUUGGCCAGACCUCAAAAUCCAUUCAAGAUAUUUGAAUGAAACUGGGUACACAAAAGUCAUGCUUCCUGAGAUAUUAUGCACAGUUAUAGUUAGGCUCACAACUCUAGGAUUAAUCAUUGUCAAGUUUGAGCCUCUUGUUUGACUGAAGGCAACAGAUGGGUAUUAGCAUUCACUUUGUGGCACUCUUGUUCUAUUUUUAACUGGCAUUGCUUCUGUAAAAACAAUAAAAAAUCAUGUAGGAUAUUUUGUAGCUAAUGUGGUGGAUAUUUGUUAUGGUUUUUCUGUCUUUUGUUUGAGCUUUGGCGUGUUCACUGUUCUUUUACUGUGAAUUUGCAGUGUACACAAACAUUUCUGCUUUUUUUUAUUAUUUUUUUUUUUGUUCAAAAGUUGAUACAUGGUUGCUGGAAUUUAAAUGGUCAAAUAAUUUCUAUGGCAUUGUGUAAAACUAGCGCUACAUUAAAUAUCAGAGUUUGUUUCAUUGUGGUAUGUGUUAACAAUGUUUCUAGUGUCUGAUCCACAGAUAUGUAUUUUAAGACGCUUGGUGACCUAUAUUAUUUUUGUAUCAUUUGAAAGGGUUAUUGUACGCAGAAGAAAAUUGUAAAAAGAAUACCAAAUAUAGUUAACAAACAAGUGAUUUUGGCUUUCAAGAUGGCAAAAAACAACAACAUUUUACGUCUGUUAUCAAUUGAGAUACAAAGCAAAUAUACAAAUAUACUGUAAUAACCUUAUGUAUAAUGUACUUUAAGUCAAUUAUUUUACAUACUUGUAAUCAAUAAGCAAAUAAGAUUCAACAAUUGUAUUGGGUCGAGUAGCAUCAAACUAUAACACUAAGGUUAAUGCAGCCAUACGGUACUCGAUUCCUUAAGAUUGAUAAUUUACAGCGCUUGAACUAAUAAACUAAUUUGUUGCAAAUUGUGCUCAAUGGUAAUUAAACUUUUAUUCUGAAGCAUUGUACUGGUAAUUGUAUGAUAAAUUUAUGUGACAUAACACAAACAAAUACGAAUAGGGUAUUAACAUUUAGUAAAUGUACUUUUAUAUUGUUCAGCACUUUAGUUACAAAUAAAAAAUAUAGGAAACAGCAAAUUUUGUUUUUGUAAAAGUUGUUUUUGAUUUUGGCAAAACAUUGUGAGCUGUCUACUAAGUUAAGGCAUUAUAACACUAGUCUGUGUAAAAGUUAUGGACAAUAGUUAUCUAAGAGGAUGGUUUUAGUCCCCAGUUUGUGUACAGAACUCUCAGUGAUAUCAUUCUGUCUCUAAAGAUGUUUUUUUAUAAUGGUGGAACUAUUUAAAUGUCAUUUUCUCUUUUUGCGUGAUAUAAGCAAAUAGUUCUGCUCAACAAAAUGUUUGUUUGUGUGAAACAAUAGAUUUACAUUCAUUUGUUUAUUAAAGUUUAUAUGACAAGCAGAAUUAUUGCUCUUUGGGCGGAUAGGGGUUUAAAUAAUUAUUUAGUCUUGCAGUUUGGGUGUUAAGCCAAGCAUUUGUAGUAUAUCAAUACCUUUAUCAUUUUUGAAAUUUUGAGUACUUUGCUUAAUUGAUGUGAGGCCAAGAUUGACUUAUGUACAUAUGUCUAUACAUGUAUGUUUAAUUGAUUUCAUCCCUUAUAAUGCACUAGUCCAUUGUAACCACAGCCCCCAGGUCUAGGGAAUAGCAGGAACUUUGACUAUGCUCCAUCCAAUCCCAGGUAAAAUCCCCGCUCUGCGGGGACAAACUGCUGGUGUGUUUACAAUUGACUGGUGCAUAAUAUAUUACUUUAUAAUGCUUCUGUAAUGAUAACCAUAAUUUUUUGCAAAAUAUUGUGACUUGUCUUCUUUGUAAAAGCAUUAAUCUUUCUGAAAUGUUAUCACAUGGUCUCGGAGUUUAUACUGUGCAACUAUGGUAACUGAGUUUGUACUGAGCCACUGUGGAUACAGAGUUUGUACUGUGCCACUAUGGUAACCGAGUUUGUACUGUGCCACUAUGGUUACUGAGUUUGUACUGUGCCACUAUGGUAACUGAGUUUGUACUGUGCCACUAUGGUUCCAAGUUUGUACUGUGCCACUAUGGUUACUGAGUUUGUACUGUGCCACUAUGGUAACCGAGUUUGUACUGUGCCACUAUGGUUCCAAGUUUGUACUGAGCCACUGUGGAUACAGAGUUUGUACUGUGCCACUAUGGUAACCGAGUUUGUACUGUGCCACUAUGGUUACCGAGUUUGUACUGUGCCACCAAGGUAACUGAGUUUGUACUUUGCCACUAUGGUUACCGAGUUUGUACUGUGCCACUAUGGUUCCAAGUUUGUACUGUGCCACUAUGGUUACUGAGUUUGUACUGUGCCACUAUGGUAACUGAGUUUGUACUGUGCCACUAUGGUUACCGAGUUUGUACUGAGCCGCUGUGGUUACAGAGUUUGUACUGUGCCACUAUGGUAACUGAGUUUAUACUGUGCCACUAUGGUAACUGAGUUUAUACUGUGCAACUAUGGUAACUGAGUUUGUACUGUGCAACUAUGGUAACUGAGUUUGUACUUUGCCACUAUGGUUACCGAGUUUGUACUGUGCCACUAUGGUUACCGAGUUUGUACUGUGCCACUAUGGUUACCGAGUUUGUACUGUGCCACUAUGGUUACCGAGUUUGUACUGUGCAACUAUGUUAACUGAGUUUGAACUGUGCAACUUUGGUUACUGAAUUUGUACCAUGCUACCAUGGUUACCGAGUUUGUACUGUUCCACUAUGGUUACCGAUAUUUACUGUGCCACUAUGGUAACUGAGUUUGUACUGUGCAACUAUGGUAACUGAGUUCCUACUGUGCAACUAUGUUAACUGAGUUUGUACUGUGCCACUAUGAUUACCGAGUUUGUACUGUGUGACUAUGAUUACCUAGUUUGUACCGUUCCACUACAAUUACCGAUAUGUACUGUGCCAUUUUGGUUACCGAUAUGUAUUGUGCCACUAUGUUAACUGAGUUUGUACUGUGUAACUAUGGUAACUGAGUUUGAACUGCGCCACUAGGGUAACAGAGUUUGUACUGUGCCACUAUGGUAACAGAGUUUUUCUGUGCCACUAGGGUAACAGAGUUUGUACUGUGCCACUAUGAGAACUGAGUUUGUACCGUUCCACUAUGAUUACCGAUAUGUACUGUGCCACUUUGGUUACCUAUAUGUACUGUGCCGCUAUGUUAACUGAGUUUUUACUGUGUAACUAUGGUAACUGAGUUUGAACUGUGCCACUAUGGUAACAGAGUUUGUUAUGUGCCACUAUGGUAACAUAAUUUGUUCUGUGUAACUAUUGUAACUGAGUUUGAACUGUGCCACUAUGGUAACAGAGUUUGUACUGUGCCACUAUGGUAACUGAGUUUGUACUGUGUAACUAUGGUAACUGACUUUGAACUGUGCCACUAUGGUAACAGAGUUUGUACCGUGCCACUGUGGUAACUGAGUUUGUACCUUGUCACUAUGGUUACUGAGUUUGUACCAUGCCACUAUGGUCACUGAGUUUGUACCGUGUUACUAUGGUUACGGAUUUGUACUGUGCCACUAUGGUAACUGAGUUUGUACUGUGCCACCAUGGUCACUGAGUUUGUACUGUGCUACUAUGGUUACGGAUUUGUACUGUGCCACUAUGGUAACUGAGUUUGUACUGUGCCACCAUGGUCACUGAGUUUGUACUGUGCCACUUUGGUAACUGAGUUUGUACCGUGCCACUAUGAUAACUGAAUUUGUACCGUGCCACUAUGGUUACCGAGUUUGUACUGUGCCACUAUGGUAACUAGUUUGUACUGUGCUACUAUGGCUACCGAGUUUGUACCGUGCUUCUAUGGUUACUGAUUUGUACUGAGCCAGAAUGGUAACAGAGUUUGUAACGUGCCACUAUGAUUACCGAGUUUGUACCGUGCAACAACGGUAACUGAGUUUGUACCGUGCUACUAUGGUUGCUGAUUUGUACUGUGCCACUAUGGUUACUGAGUUUGUACUGUGCCACUAUGGUUACCGAGUUUGUACUGUGCCACUAUGGUAACUGAGUUUGUACUGUGACACUAUGGUAACUGAGUUUGUACGUGCUACGAUGGCUACUUUGCUAAAUGGUAUCAUAUAGUUAGUGAUUUUGUUACAUGAUUACUGAAAAUAUGAAAUGGCUGAACAGUUAUGAUGUAGCAAAACUUGUUUUGUUAAGAGUGUUUUUCUAUUAUGUUAAAAUAAAUCACUGUCUUUAA